GAUGAAGAAGCCGUGGUGGAUCAGGGUGGGACCAGUACAAUUCUUAACAUUCACUAUGAGAAAGAAGAGUUGGAAGGUCAUAGAACUCUGUAUGUGGGGGUUCGGAUGCCUCUGGGCCGGCAGAGCCAUCGUCAUCACCGAACCCAUGGCCAGAAGCACCGGAGACGGGGGCGGGGCAAAGGAGCCAGCCAGGGGGAGGAAGGCCCAGAGGCCCUGGCCCACGACACACCAUCUCAGCGUGUUCAGUUCAUUCUGGGCACUGAGGAAGAUGAAGAGCAUGUACCUCACGAGCUGUUCACAGAGCUGGAUGAGAUCUGUAUGAAAGAGGGAGAAGAUGCUGAAUGGAAGGAGACAGCCAGGUGGCUGAAGUUUGAAGAAGAUGUCGAGGAUGGGGGAGAGCGCUGGAGCAAGCCUUAUGUGGCGACCCUUUCACUGCAUAGUCUCUUUGAGCUAAGGAGCUGCCUUAUAAAUGGAACAGUCCUUCUGGAUAUGCGUGCAAAUAGCAUAGAAGAAAUUUCAGACCUGAUCCUGGACCAGCAAGAACUGUUCAGUGACCUGAAUGACAGCAUGAGGGUUAAAGUACGGGAAGCCCUUCUCAAGAAGCAUCAUCAUCAGAAUGAAAAAAAGAGAAAUAACCUCAUUCCCAUUGUUCGCUCCUUCGCUGAGGUUGGCAAGAAGCAGUCAGAUCCACAUUCGAUGGAUAAAAAUGGUCAAACUGUGUCUCCUCAGUCUGUUCCAACUACGAGUCUUGAAGUAAAAAAUGGCGUGAAUUGUGAACACAGUCCCGUGGAUUUAAGCAAGGUGGAUCUUCAUUUCAUGAAAAAAAUUCCCACUGGGGCGGAGGCCUCAAAUGUCCUGGUUGGUGAGGUGGAUUCUCUGGACCGCCCCAUCGUUGCCUUUGUGAGGCUCUCUCCAGCCGUUCUUCUCUCGGGUCUGACAGAAGUGCCCAUCCCAACAAGAUUUUUGUUUAUCCUAUUGGGUCCGGUAGGGAAAGGUCAGCAGUACCAUGAGAUUGGCAGAUCCAUGGCCACCAUCAUGACAGAUGAGAUUUUUCAUGAUGUGGCGUAUAAGGCAAAAGAGCGAGACGAUCUCCUGGCGGGGAUUGAUGAGUUCCUAGACCAGGUUACAGUGCUCCCUCCAGGGGAGUGGGACCCCUCCAUUAGAAUCGAGCCACCCAAAAAUGUCCCUUCCCAGGAGAAGCGGAAAAUGCCUGGAGUUCCAAAUGGAAAUGUUUGCCACAUAGAACCGGAACCACAUGGGGGCCACAGCGGGCCAGAACUUCAGCGCACCGGGCGGCUGUUUGGGGGCUUGGUGUUGGACAUCAAGCGGAAGGCCCCCUGGUACUGGAGCGACUACCGGGAUGCACUCAGUUUACAGUGUUUGGCCUCCUUUCUGUUCCUGUACUGUGCCUGCAUGUCACCUGUCAUCACCUUUGGGGGAUUGCUCGGAGAAGCCACUGAGGGACGCAUAAGUGCAAUUGAAUCCUUGUUUGGAGCCUCCAUGACUGGGAUUGCCUAUUCCUUGUUUGCGGGACAGGCUCUCACCAUCCUGGGAAGUACUGGGCCAGUGCUUGUAUUUGAAAAGAUUUUGUUCAAAUUCUGCAAAGAUUACGCUCUUUCGUACCUCUCCCUGCGAGCCUGUAUCGGACUGUGGACUGCCUUCCUGUGUAUUGUCCUUGUGGCAACUGAUGCCAGUUCCCUUGUCUGUUACAUUACCCGCUUCACUGAAGAGGCAUUUGCCUCCCUGAUUUGCAUUAUUUUCAUCUAUGAAGCAAUAGAAAAGCUCAUUCACCUGGCAGAGACCUACCCCAUCCACAUGCACAGCCAGCUGGACCACCUUAGCCUGUAUUACUGCAGGUGUACUCUCCCAGAAAAUCCAAACAACCAUACCCUGCAGUACUGGAAGGACCACAAUAUCGUGACAACAGAAGUCCACUGGGCCAACCUGACUGUUAGCGAGUGCCAGGAGAUGCACGGAGAGUUCACGGGAUCUGCGUGCGGCCAUCAUGGACCCUAUACUCCUGAUGUGCUCUUUUGGUCCUGCAUUCUCUUCUUCACCACCUUCAUCCUCUCGAGCACCUUAAAGACAUUUAAGACAAGUCGCUAUUUCCCAACCAGAGUACGCUCCAUGGUGAGUGACUUUGCUGUUUUCCUCACUAUCUUCACAAUGGUGAUUAUUGAUUUUUUGAUUGGAAUCCCAUCACCAAAACUUCAAGUUCCCAGUGUGUUCAAGCCAACAAGAGAUGAUCGAGGGUGGAUUAUUAGUCCCAUUGGCCCCAAUCCCUGGUGGACUGUGAUAGCUGCAAUUAUCCCAGCUCUUCUCUGUACUAUCUUAAUAUUCAUGGACCAGCAGAUCACAGCUGUCAUCAUUAACAGGAAGGAACACAAGCUCAAGAAAGGCUGUGGCUACCACCUGGACCUGCUGAUGGUGGCCAUCAUGCUGGGUGUCUGCUCCAUCAUGGGCUUGCCCUGGUUUGUGGCGGCAACUGUCCUGUCCAUCACACAUGUGAACAGCCUCAAACUAGAAUCUGAGUGCUCUGCUCCUGGAGAACAACCCAAGUUCUUGGGCAUCCGAGAACAAAGAGUGACGGGCCUUAUGAUCUUUGUGCUGAUGGGCUGCUCAGUCUUCAUGACGGCCAUAUUAAAGUUUAUCCCAAUGCCAGUACUCUAUGGAGUUUUCCUCUACAUGGGAGUUUCUUCUCUACAAGGAAUUCAGUUCUUUGACCGUCUGAAGCUCUUUGGGAUGCCUGCAAAGCACCAGCCAGAUUUUAUCUAUCUUCGGCACGUGCCCCUGCGCAAAGUGCACCUCUUCACCCUCAUUCAGCUGACCUGCCUUGUCCUACUCUGGGUCAUCAAGGCCUCUCCGGCUGCCAUUGUCUUCCCAAUGAUGGUUUUGGCAUUGGUCUUUGUCAGGAAAGUCAUGGAUCUCUGUUUCUCUAAACGAGAGCUGAGCUGGUUAGAUGAUCUCAUGCCUGAAAGUAAAAAGAAGAAGCUGGACGAUGCCAAAAAGAAGGCCAAGGAGGAAGAGGAGGCUGAGAAGAUGCUAGAAAUGGGGGGAGACAAGUUCCCCUUAGAGAGCAGGAAGUUACUAAGUAGUCCUGGAAAGAACAACAGUUUCAGAUGUGACCCCUCUGAGAUUAAUAUAUCUGAUGAAAUGCCUAAAACUACGGUCUGGAAAGCUCUCAGUAUGAACUCUGGAAAUACAAAGGAGAAGAGAGCCAUAUGGAUCCAUGCUGCCGCUGAGGGUUCCUUCGAUGAGUUCCCUCUUCCUAAAGGAUGGGAUGGGGGAAUAGGAGGAGAGCAGAGAGGAAAGGGAAGGCUCUCCCGCCCUGCAGAAUCUGCAGGCCCCCAGGCAGCCCUGGGCCUGGGUUUGAUGCCUACUCUGGGGGAUGCUGGUCAGACCCAGAGGCUGUCAGGAGGGUCUGCCGUUAGGACAGUCGGCAACCUGGGCAUCGGCAGGGGCCCACCACCACAGCCAGAAGAUGCCUCUGCCUCGGAAGCAUCUUUAUCGCUCCCUAGCAGCAGCCUGUGUGACUCGGCAAGAGCCUUGGAUGAUGAAAGGGCCAUGAGGGACACCGGAGUUGUUUAG